GCCGAUUGUACGACCCAGUACGGAACCCGAACCCAAUUAGGUCGAUGCAAAGAUGGCCACUCCACCGGACAGUCCCAUCGAGGAGGUGGUCUACGAGCUAGAGCCGACCCGGGCACCGAAACCGAUUCCGGUGGCCCUCGAGGACCUCUGCCGGUUGACGAAAUUCACCCGCCAGGAGAUACGGGUCAUGUACCGGGGAUUCAAAACGGAGUGUCCCGACGGGGUCGUGCACGAGGACAGCUUCAAGGACAUCUACGCCAAAUUCUUCCCACACGGUAGGAAGUCGAAUUCCAGCCUUUACGCGCACUAUGUGUUCAAAGCGUUCGAUGUCAACUGCAACGGAUCCAUUACCUUCCGGGAUCUGCUCGUCACACUUUCGACUCUCCUGCGAGGUUCCGUUUACGAGCGGCUAAGGUGGACCUUCCGGUUGUACGACAUCAACGGGGACGGGUGCAUUAGCCGGGGGGAGCUGGGCGAAAUCAUCACCGCGGUCCACGAGCUGAUGGGUCGGCGGCCACACCAACCGGACGAUGAUCGGAAAGCCCGCGAACAGGUUGACCGAGUGUUCGCCAAGCUUGACCUAAACCAGGACGGUAUCAUCACGAUCGAGGAGUUCCUGGAGGCGUGCCUAAAGGACGACGUUAUCACCAAAUCGCUGCAAAUGUUCGACUGCCUUUGA